AUGGGGCAGGGGAAGGCUGCGGAGCGAGAACUUGAUGCGGACAACAGCUUGUUGGUGUUGGUGAAGAAGGAAGGACUGGCUUUUGCGAAUGGCAUGUUGGUCUUCACAGCGAAGCGCACCUCUGACGAGCGACGUCAAGCGGACACAAUCAAGCAGCACGAGGGCUACACAGGCCUCAAGGCGCCGUUUGGCGUACAGGCAGUCGACGGAAGCAUUCGACACAGCGACGAGGCUGGAUCAUUGUCAGCUCUAUCGAGAAUCGCCCUGUUCAAUGCCGGCGACGUCUCUCCAUGCUUUUCUGGCGUGCGGGGCGGAGCAGCAGUGAUGUUUGGUGCCAAGCAAUUUGGGUCGGAUGCCAAGACUUGGCAGAUGAGCACGCGCCCGCGAUCUGAACUUCUGCUGACGCGUCCGAACCCCGGUCCACGCCAGUCUACCGAGGCUCUACACGCCGCCAUGGGAAGGCCCUAUUCUUGGCUGCAGCAACACAUAGCUGCUGAGGGUCUAGGCAGCCACACGAGGGCAGACCCACGAAAGCUGACAGGUGGACCCGCGCUGCUCCACAGCCAGAACGUGGCAGAGGCCAGCAGCGCACUGUCGGACGGAUCCCCUGCGACUAGGAAUGCCAAGAAGCUUGGAUCCACGACGCCCUCGCACUGCACUCGCACUGCACUCGCACUGCACUCGCACUGCACUCGGAAGCUCCGAUCCCUGAUGCACCCUCUGUCUCUGCUUCGCUUGGUCAGCUGGUCGGCAACUCCGAGGCCACGGCUGUGGUGGUCCGGCGAUCCACGUCUUGUCCUGCAGACGACGCCGGCUCCCACAAUCUGUCGCAUCCUCACCACCAUCACAGACUCCAGCCCGGCCACCGACAUCGCCAAACUUGAUCGCUAG